AUGCAGCCAGGAGUGAGGAAGCAGACCAGGAGGGAGGGGCUGAGCGCAAACUCCUCCCAGUUCACUUUGGAGGGAGAGGCAUUCCGCAUCCUGGGAGGCUCUGCCCAUUACUUCCGUAUCCCCAGAGCUCAUUGGAAGGACCGCCUCCUGAAGAUGAAGGCCUGCGGGCUCAACACUCUCACCACGUACGUGCCAUGGAACCUGCAUGAGCCGGAGAGAGGAUUGUUCACUUUUCAAGGCCAGCUGGAUUUAGAGGUGUACCUCCGCCUGGCUGCAGAGGUGGGCCUCUGGGUCAUCCUCCGUCCGGGACCCUACAUCUGCUCUGAGUGGGACCUUGGCGGGCUCCCUAGCUGGCUUCUGCGUGACAGUAACAUGAAGCUGAGAACAACCUACCCGGGCUUCACUGAUGCUGUUGGCUCCUUCUUUGACAAACUCAUCCCAAGAGUCGCACCUCUGCAGUACAUGAAAGGAGGCCCCAUCAUUGCAGUUCAAGUGGAGAAUGAAUACGGUUCUUAUGCAAAGGAUGACAAGUACAUGCCUUUUACCAAAGAGGCCCUGCUGUCCAGGGGGAUCCAUGAGCUGCUUCUGACAUCUGACAACCUUGGAGGGUUAAAGUGUGGGGGCGUGAAAGGAGCCAUCAGGACCAUCAACCUACAGAAACUGACACGAGGAGCAGUAAAGUAUCUAGCUGACAUCCAGCCUCAGCAGCCUAAGAUGGUUAUGGAGUACUGGUCUGGCUGGUUUGACGUCUGGGGUGGACAUCACCAUGUAUUUUGCGCAGAGGACAUGGUCACCGAGGUGACAGCCAUCCUGAGGCAGGGCAUGUCCAUCAACCUCUAUAUGUUUCAUGGUGGGACUAGCUUUGGGUUCAUGAAUGGAGCCAUGGAUGUGGGCACAUACAAGCCCCAGGUUAGCAGCUACGAUUAUGACGCACCUUUAUCAGAGGCAGGGGAUUACACCCCGAAGUACCACCUCCUGAGGGAUUUGCUCAGCCACUAUCACAGUGAGAAGCUCCCUGCAAAGCCUGCCCCCUCUUGGAGGAAAGAAUAUGAUGCGGUGGUGGUUUAUCAGCACCUCCCCUUGUGGGACACCCUGAAGCUAAUUGAGGAGCCUUUUAAAUCUGCCAGCCCGCUCAACAUGGAGAAUCUACCUGUCAACAAUGGCAAUGGGCAGUCCUACGGUUACACCCUCUAUGAGACCAUGGUCACCAGCGGUGGAACUCUGAACUCCAUGAAUAACGUGCGUGACUGCGCCCUGGUGUUUUUAGAUCGAGUUUACAUUGGAGUUCUUCACUAUAAGACCCAGGAGCUUACGGUGCCUGAUGGGAAGGGAGAGCGAAUAUUGAGUUUACUGGUGGAAAACUGUGGAAGAGUGAACUAUGGGACAGCUUUGGACAAACAGCAGAAAGGUCUGGUAGGAGAGAUUGUAUUGAAUAACACCCCACUAAAAGACUUCACCAUUUACUGCCUGGAUAUGAAGGUGGACUUCAUAGAUAGACUUGCUAGAGAGCGCUGGAAGUCCCUCCCCCACGCACCCACCUUCCCAGGGUUCUUUCAGGGCCAGCUGGUGGUGGACGGCUAUCCUAAAGACACCUUCCUCAAGCUGCCGGGCUGGGGUAAAGGAGUGGUCUUUAUAAAUGGACAGAAUCUCGGACGCCACUGGUCCAUUGGACCCCAGCAGACCCUCUACCUCCCAGGGCCCUGGCUCCACCAGGGAAUUAAUCAGGUCACUAUAUUUGAGGAACAGGAAGCUGGUGGCAGAAUCCAAUUCUCUGACUCUCCUGAGCUGGGAAAGACCAUCAAUGUGUAUAGACGUCCUCUCUGUAAUCUACUGUAAAUUAAA